CACAGCAAUAUACGCAAAUGACGAUGAAGAAAAUAGUGUUGAAGGUGGAACUACACGGUGAAAGAACCAGGCAAAAGGUCAUGAAAACAACCUCAGGCAUUUCAGGAGUUGAGUCAGUGAACGUGGACAUGAAGGACAAGAAAUUAACUGUAACAGGAGACAUCGACCCAGUUAAGGUGGUGGAAAAGCUAAGGAAGUUGUGUCAUACAGAGAUAGUAUCUGUUGGAGCAGCCAAAGAGUCUGAGAAGAAAGAAGAUAAAAGGAUAGAGAAUAUAGCUAAAAUGAUAGUGCCUCCUCCUUCGAGUUACAGCCAUGUUUAUUAUGCUCCACCUUAUUAUGUUGGAACUGUGGAUGGGUAUCCUAAUAGUGGCUGUGUCAUCUGCUAAAUUUUGAACUUACGCUUGUGGGAAAGAAAAAAUAAAGAGAAAGAUAAGGAAGCAUACGGUUGCGUUGAUAGAUAUGUAGGCCGAUGUCUUUUUUAUAUAUAAAUAGAGAACAGAAGAUGAAGAUAAGAAAAUAUAUAUAUUUAUA